AUGCCAGCAUUAUUUAAAGAAUCGGCAAAACAUAUUCUCGACACCAUUGCAGCCGAUCUCCCUCUUGAUCAAAAAUUGGCUUCAAUUGCUGUCCCACUUGAAAACUCCGAAGAACCAGGCUUUUCUGCUAUCUACAGAAACAAAUAUUCCCUUGAUAAAUUAAUUGAUACCCCAUAUCCAGGAGUCGACACUUUAUACAAGUUGUUUGAAGUUGCUACAGAGGCAUACGGAGAUAAACCAUGUCUUGGUGCAAGAGUUAAAAAUCAAGAUGGUACUUUUGGUGAGUACAAAUUCCAAGAUUACAACACCAUUCGUCAAAGAAGAAACAAUUUGGGAUCUGGGAUUUUCUUUGUUUUACAAAAUAAUCCAUACAAAACUUCUUCUGAAGCUCAUUCCAAGUUGAAAUAUGAUCCAGCAAGCAAAGAUUCCUUCAUUUUGACCAUUUUCAGCCAUAACCGUCCAGAAUGGGAAUUGUGUGAUUUGACUAGUGUUGCUUAUUCGAUAACUAACACAGCCUUGUAUGAUACUUUGGGUCCAGAUACCAGUAAGUACAUUUUAGGUUUGACUGAAUCACCAAUUGUUAUUUGUUCAAAGGAUAAGAUUAAAGGGCUUAUUGAUUUAAAAAAAUCAAACCCAGAAGAAUUGUCCAAUUUAAUUGUCUUGGUAUCUAUGGAUGAUUUGACUACUGCUGAUUCUUCAUUAAAGAAUUAUGGGCAUGAACAUAAUGUCACCGUUUUUGAUAUGAAACAAGUUGAAAAAUUGGGUGAAAUCAACCCAUUGGAUCCAAUUGAACCAACUCCAGAUACUGAUUUUACUAUUACUUUUACUUCAGGUACUACUGGUGCUAAUCCUAAAGGGGUUGUUUUAAAUCAUAGAAAUGCUGUUGCUGGUGUUACUUUUAUUCUUAGUAGAUAUGAUGGGAAAUUUAAUCCAAGAGCUUAUUCUUUCCUUCCAUUAGCUCAUAUCUACGAAAGAGCAAGUAUUCAAUUUGCAUUGUCUAUUGGUUCCGCAAUUGGAUUCCCACAAGGUCCUUCACCAUUGACUUUACUUGAAGAUGUUAAGGUAUUGCAACCAGAUGGUUUAGCAUUAGUUCCUAGAGUUUUAACCAAAUUGGAAGCGGCAAUUAGAUCACAAACCAUUAAUAAUGAUGAAAAGCCAUUGGUAAAAUCUGUUUUCUCGACCGUUAUUAAUGCCAAGAUGGAUUUGCAAACCAAAGAUGAGAAUGAAAAUGUCAAUCCAAGUCUUCUUGUUUACGACCGUUUAUUGAACAUGUUGAGAAAAAAGAUUGGUAUGCAAAAUGUCCAAUAUAUCAGUACUGGUAGUGCCCCAAUUGCACCAUCAACCAUUCAAUUCUUGAAGGCCGCAUUGAAUGUUGGUAUUAUGCAAGGUUAUGGUUUGAGUGAGUCAUUUGCCGGAUGUAUGGCUUCCUCUAAGUUUGAACCAGAAGCCGCUACUUGUGGUGCUACCUCUAUCACCACCGAAGUUAAAUUAAAGGACCUUGUUGAAAUGGGAUACACUUCUAAAGAUGAAGGUGGUCCAAGAGGUGAGUUGUUAUUGAGGGGUCCACAAAUUUUCAGAGAAUAUUAUAAAAAUCCUGAAGAAACUGCCAAAGCCAUUGAUGAAGAUGGUUGGUUCCAUACUGGUGAUGUAGCUAAAAUUAACUCAAAAGGUAGAAUUUCUAUUAUUGAUAGAGCAAAGAAUUUCUUCAAAUUGGCUCAAGGUGAAUACGUUACUCCAGAAAAAAUCGAAGGUUUGUAUUUAUCUAAAUUUCCGUAUAUUGCACAAUUAUUUGUUCAUGGUGACUCCAAGGAAUCCUUUUUGGUUGCUGUUGUUGGAUUGGAUCCUAUUGCUGCUAAACAAUAUAUGGAACAUAGAUUCCACGACAAAAUUGUCAAAGAAGAUGACAUUGUUGAAUUCUUUAAGUCUCCAAGAAAUAGAAAGAUUUUGUUACAAGAUAUGAACAAACUGAUUGCUGAUCAAUUACAAGGUUUUGAAAAAUUGCACAAUAUUUAUGUUGAUUUCGAACCAUUAACUGUUGAUAGAGGUGUCAUUACUCCAACCAUGAAGAUUAGAAGACCAAUCGCAGUUAAAUUCUUCCAAGAUCAAAUUGAUGGUAUGUAUAAUGAAGGAUCAUUAGUUAAGAAUGGUUCUUUGUAG